AUGAAUACUGUAAUGCCGUCCCACUAUAUUACCGGCGGUGACGAACCUAUGGAGGAAACUGUACAAUGCCGAUCGCCAGAUAAAAUAAGGGAGCUUUACGCUACGCUUUUAUCUUCUUGUGGUCUUUCUAACCCUAAAACUCGUUGGAAUAAGUACAAAGAAUUCAUGGCUGAAGAUAUUUUACAUCAACUGCAGCAAGUACACACAGAUAUUACUUUCAAUGAACAUGUCUACAUUAAAACGCUAAUUAUAAUCGAAAACAAGGUUUUUACGAUGGUUGGAAAAAAAUUAGAUGAUUUUGGAAUGUCGAGCCCUCGACGAGACAAUAUGGAUGAUUUUGAUAAUGAAAUUGCACGAGAGCUAGAUUAUGAUUUCUUAGCACUGCAACAUCAAGUGACAGAAUUAGUCCCUCAAUUACUUAUAGAGCAAAAUCAUGUUUUCAUGCAAGUUUUACGUAAAAUAAAUUUCAGCAGUGGUGGGCUCUUCUUUCUCGACGCACCAGGAGGAACUGCAAAAACGUUUUUGCUUAACUUAUUAUUAAUAUCCGUCAGAAAAGACCAAAAAAUAACAGUUGCUGUAGCUGAGUCAGGCAUUGUCGCGACGCUAUUAAACGGCGGUCGUACGGCACAUUCCGUUUUAAAAUUACCAUUGAAUUUGUCACAGGAAGAUUCGCCUAUUUGCAAUUUUAGUAAAAAUAGUUCAAGAGAUAGGAUGCUGCGAGAACGCAAGCUUUUAGUGUUGGAUGAAAAUACCAUGUCUCACAAUAAGGCUAUAAAAGCAUUAAACCGGAUUCUCCAGGACUUCCGAGAUAGUACAGAUAUAAUGGGAGCAUGGUGGUUUUAUUGGCUGGUAAUUUCCGUCAAACCCUCCCAGUAA